AUGGCGUGGAAGUCGCCGGCGCUCUUGCUGGUGGCUGGGCUGCUUGGGCUCGCCGUCGCCUGUCUGUUACACAUCAACCGCCUUCUCCGCCACGUUCCGGCGCAGGCGCGGGAGCUCUCGGGCACGCGUUGGAGGGCCGAUGAGCUUCGCGCCCUGUACCACGCCCUGGCGAAGAAGCCGAUUGACUAUACGGAGAAGCUGCCGCCAAAGCUCGACAGGCGGUAUAUUGUCACCGGCGGCAAUGGGCUUGUCGGAGGCUUCAUCGUCCUUCAGCUUCUCGCGCGAGGCACGCCACCGUCGCACAUUCGUAUCCUUGAUCUGCGUAAGACGGAGCGCGGUGAUAUGAUCAAUGGACCCGCAGCACAAGUCGACUUCAUCCCCGUUGACAUCAGAUCCGCCGGCGCCGUCUCGCUAGCUUUCAGCAAAUCGUGGCCUGCGUCCGCCUCCCAUCUGCCCCUCACCGUCUUUCAUACCGCUGCAAUCAUCAUUCCCUCGGAACGCCACAAGCACACUUACACCUUGCCGGAAAGCGUCAAUGUACAGGGAACCCGCAAUGUUCUCGCAGCUUCGCAUGCUGCCGGCGCGAGUGUGUUCAGUGCCACAUCUUCUGCCGCCAUUUCAAUCGUUCCAGUGGACCUGCGCGUUCCCUUCUGGGCGGAGUCGGCGAAGAAUGCUUGUCAAGUACUUGAUGAGCGAGAUUUUGACGCACCUCUCCGCAGCGACGACGGGUAUUACUCUAAUUACGCACGCUCCAAGGCCAUUGCGGAGAGGGUUGUGUGUGGAGCAAAUCAGGACGAUUUCAGGACUGGGUGCAUACGCCCGGGCAUUGGAGUGUACGGGAACCCUACCGACAAUACGGUCGGCGGCCCUCUGAGCCAGAAUGUUCAGCCGACAAUGAUCCCACACGUCGUGCAGAAUUUCGUGCACGCCGCAAACGUGGCCGUGGCGCAUCUUCAUCAGGAGAGCGUGCUACUCUCCCAAGCGCAUGUCAAAGACAUUCCGCAAGCCGGGAGGCCGUUCGCCGUCACCGAUCCCAACCCUGCCAUCGCAUACGUCGACAUCUACACCGCCAUCUCCGCCCUCAGCAUCUACCCGUUUCGUGCUCAAAUCCUGCCACCUGCGCCGCUGUUCAUCUUCUCCCAUCUGGUCGAGUGGUACACGCUUCUGCGGCACCACGUGCCCAGCUUACAGAAAACACUCCCCCCCGUCGCGGGCGUGGUGAGCUACCUUCAACCGGCAAUCUUCUCCAUAUGUACGCAUCUCCUCGUCUCAGACGUAGCAGCACGGAAGCCCGUGGCCAAAGGUGGCCUGGGGUACGAAGGCGUCCUGACUACCGAGCAGGGGAUAGUCAGUGAGAUCUUGGAAUGGAAUCGCGAGCAGCGUGCGCACGCUGCUUCUCUGGGCGUCAAUGGAAGUGCAAAAGUGGAGCUCAAGAAAGCGUACACCACGUCCAACUCUUUGGCCGAUCACAUACGAGCAUUGGCGGACGUGGGAAAUGUGUCUGAUGUAAAUGGUAAAUUAAAGUAG